CAGAGCAUCAGUCAGUUAGACAGACACACAGACAGUCAGUCAGUUAGUCAGGCAGACAGACAGACAAUCAGACCGAUGUGUUCGCCUGCUGGGAGCAUGAAGACUGACUGAAAUGUGAAAGCCGGAGGAAGGAGGGAACCAUGAAAGUCGCCUCUGUGGUCUUCUACGGUGUCGCUCUGGGGCUCCUGGCUGUCGGCCUGCGAGAGCUGCUGACUGGCUUCGAGGAGAACAGAUGCAGUAUGACCUACAUGUUUGAAUACCCAGAGUACAGGCGUGUGGCCCUUCCUCGGCGUGUGGCCCGACUGUACCCAGCGUAUGGACUCUACCUUUAUGGAGAGGGUCUGUACGCCCAGGAGACCCGAGCGCUUAAACUCACGGGCGCCCCUGUGCUCUUCUUGCCUGGAAAUGCUGGCAGUUACAAACAAGCUCGCUCCCUGGGCUCGGUGGCCCUCAGGAAGGCUGAAAACUUGGAGGGAGGUCUCCACUUCAAUGUGUUCACCGUGGACUUCAAUGAGGAGCUGGUUGCGCUUUACGGUGGCAGUUUGCUCCAGCAGACACACUUCCUGCAUGAGAGCAUCAAAGCCAUCUUAAGACUGUACAAGAAUCUGAAGACUCCUCCCCAGAGUGUGGUGCUUGUGGGCCACUCCAUGGGAGGAGUGGUGGCCCGGGCGCUGUUCACUUUGCCCCGCUUCAACACUAAUCUGGUCAGCCUGAUCAUUACUCAGGCCUCUCCGCACCUGGCUCCAGUACUGGCCCUGGACCCAUACCUGCUGGAUUUCUACUCUGCAGUGAGACAGAAGUGGCUGAACCAGGCAAACAAACUCAGGAACAUCACAGUCCUGUCCGUUGGGGGCGGUUACCGUGACUCCCAGGUCCGGUCUGGUCUAACAUCACUGCCGUGUCCUUCAGGAGACCCCAAUAAGUUAUCACUGGUGGCAACAGCAGUUCCCAGGACAUGGGUAUCAACCGACCACCUCUCCAUUGUUUGGUGUAAAGAGCUUGUUCUUGCCACUGUCAGGGCAUUCUUCGACCUCAUUGAUCCCGAAACCAGACAGUUCACAGAUAACCAGGAGAAGAAAAUAGCCGUACUUAACCAUCACUUCAUCAGACAUCCUGUCAGGAUGGUGGGAGAAGAUCACGAUGUUUCCAUCUCAACCUUAGAUUUUCCUGAAGAAUGGAGUGAAGUUAACACACUACGAUUGGCUUACAGCACACUGAAGGAAGGACAGGAGAAAUAUUUUAUGUUUGCCCUAUCGAGUCGCAGGAAAGCCUACAGCCAUUUCUACUGCCGGAGCAGCAACCUGGAGAUGACUAGCUGGGUGUACGGCUGUGUGCACAAGAAUGGUUCAUGUCUAUAUCCGGUUGAUCUAUCUGUGGGAACUGAGCUGCUGCCACCAUACAAGGUCCUGAUUUUGAGUCUCAGUGAUUUGUCUUCAGUUACUCAUCUAGUUGUUUCAGCCUCCAACCUCAAUGGCAAACAGUUUACGGUGGAGUGUGAAUGGCAAAGACAAGAAUCUCUGACUCUGUCUGUCCCAGUACCACAUGUCCUCUCCUUCGGUUUGACUUUCAGCGACGUUACGGUCAACUCUUCUGGACUUCUACACACCAUCAAGCUUCAUCACUUUAACCAGGUCUAUCAGGCAUUCAGAAUAAAUGUUGCAAGCCAAUGCAAAGUACAUAAAGAUAGAUUGUCCAAUGUGUACAGAAUAAUGGUACCAUGGUUUCGAGAGGACUCUUUAACCACAGUCAGUGUGCCCUCAGUUACCGAGAUCUCAGGGAUGCUUCACACAAGCAGCCCAGACAACACAUCAGAUGUCCUCCUUCAGCUUCACACUGCCCCCAACUGCCAGUAUAAGGUGUCAAUAAGGACUUCAUUACCCAGGGUGCUUGGACAGAUAUUGAGGUUCUGUGGUCCUAUGGUACCAGUGUACACAGCUGUAACUCUCCUGCUGGCCUGUGGGGGGCAGCUGUCCUCCAUCCUGAAGUCGAGGCGAGCUGCAGACAUGAGCCAGGUGGUGGGCAAAGGCCUGCAGCCUCACAAAGUCAACCUGCCUGUUUAUGUCCUGCACGUCUUACUUAGCUGUAGCCGCUUUCAAGAGUUCUGGUCCAUUCUCUGCCUCCCCCCCAUGGAUGUUCUGCCUGCAUCCUUUCCCGAUGCAAUGUUUCAUAAUGGCGUGGUACUAGUUGAAGAAUGGCCCCACCUCCUGUCCCCUCUGCUGUACAUUUUUGGGGCAGCUGUGGCAUACUGGGGGAGCACACUGCUCCGUCUCAUUAUGCGACUGAUCUCAUUAAUAUUAGCUCCACUACACAGACCGUCUGUCUCAAGAGACUGUGGCACCCUGCGGCUUCGGACCCAGAUACUCAUUGCUCUCUGUCUGACAGUUAUCGGCGGAAUUUCCUGUGGAGCAUUUUCAGUCUUUGCUGCUUUUUUGCUGCACCUUUAUAGGGUGCUAAGGCUACAAAUGACGGAGAGGUCUUUGAGUCACAUGCUGAAUCUGGCUCCCCGAAAGCACGAAGAAACUGAGAAUGGCACAGUCAACGUUGAGUGCUUGAGCAGGUCUAAAGAAUGUAACGGCACCCCCCUGCUGUCUGAAUGUGCACUGGAGGAGGUGAGAGAUGAUCUACAGCUCCACCUCUGCCUAUCAGCACUCUUCACGCUACCUGUCAUGCUCAGUACACCAUCACUUAUCCACUGGAUCCGCAACCUGAGAUAUACCACCCAGUUGGAUCCUGACCCUUGUUGGCCACACAUUGUGCCUCUAGUUACUGUUUACAUGCUGCUUAUUAACUGCAACACUUUGAAACUCUACAACAGUAAACUACUGCCUCUGACUUCCUGCCUCCCUCUGCCCUUGGCCAUCAUCAUGGUGACCUUCUCUCCACUUCACCUCUACAGAGUCACCUACUUCGUGUUACUGACACUCAUCCCUCUGGCGUGUUGUUGCCUGCUCUGACGGUAUCUGGCUGGUUUCAGUCUACGUCUCUACUAUUACAAGCCUUCCUCUAAGUUACAGCCUGACUCACUGAAGCUGGUUGAGGCUGAUGUGUCAGGCUGCCAUGGAGCAGAACUAUAGACAUAUAUAGCUUGGGGAACUGCCUGCUCAAUGUUAGUACUAAAAGCUCCAUGGCAUUUACCCUGUAUUUUUAAAACGAGAUGAUGUAAAGGCCUUGGAACAUUUGGUGCAAAUAUGGCUCCAUUAGAAUGACCUGAAACCAAGUUUGCCUUACUCUGUAUAUCUAUAGCUUUGCCUUCAAGGAGCAAGAACUCCACAACCAGUGAAGCUACUUAUACUGGAGACUCUCAAACAGGGUGUUAGUGUAAAAUGCACUGUUUUGUUUUCCUUCUUUCUUGUGUCUAAAUUGGCUUCUGCCACUGUGGUUGCCAUGUUGUAAACUCUCACACUGCCUCCUGCUUAGCAAGGGCAGUUGUGUUAAGCUGGCACCUACUGACUGUCGCAGCACUGUCACAAAACAAGUGGCAGUGCCAUAACUUUCAUUCCAUAAGGAAAGUCCAAAGAAAUCUAUGUUUACAAUCCCCCUUAAUAAUUUUUGAUACACCAGAACUACACUGUCAGAAAAAUGUUCCAGUGUGGCUCCUAAUAUUCAGAAGAAAUCCUGAUCUGCUCAAUUUUGCUUACAACUAGUGGUGUAGCUCAGGUGUGGUCUGGCUGAGAGCAGUCAAUUGGGUCCGAACUUUUCCGGAAUUUGCCUUUUACACAGGAACAACGCGACAGGAGAUUUUCCACUCAGAUGUGUUCACAACCACUCAGAAAUCUCUUGAGUUGGGAGAAAGGUGGUGCAGAGGGGCAGGGCGUAAAGUAUGAAUUCCUCUGCAGAGAUCACAUGUUUUGUUUUCAUUACAUCAACACUGUUGUCGACCCUUAUCACCGAAAGGCACUGCUUUUUUAUUCUUAUAUAUUUGUUUUGUUUUUUAAAUUUUUUAUAUUUUUGUGUCGGUUGUGUUAGAAAUGUCAUCAACACAACCACUUGCUCGCAAUGAAUCCUGCAGAGGAUCUGCUGUUUUCUCACAUUGGCUCAUUCAAACUUUUUUCACAGUUUUACGAGGGGCCGGCUCAGAGAAAGUCUGGAGGCUGUCCCUUGGACAUUUGUGUUCUCACAAACAGCCCCUCCGAGAUUCUCCAAGUUCAGUGCAUGUCUGAAAGCACCUUUAGAGGUAGUUCGCUAUCGUCACUCCCACCUUCAUUCACUUAACUAUAAGCCAUAGUGACUGUUCAAUUACUCAUCUAAAAGAAGCACCUAUAGUUUUUUUAUAGACAAAAUUAAUACUGACAUUUUCCUAUCCAAAAGAAAUAAGCCAAGAAAGACAAAUGAUCUGUAUUCCUCACGUCUUCUCAAUCUUUGUCUACACUUUUACAAGUCACACCUCGCCCACAUCUUCCCCUCAUGUUUAACUGUGGAUAAAUGCACAAUCAUUUUAACAGCACUAAUUUCUUCAGUACACACACUCAUGUCACACUCAAACUGAAAUUGAUUGUUUCAGUUUCGUUUUUUGAAUGACAGUGGAAAUCUGUGGCUCAGAGCAAUAAGAUCCUGUAUAUCAGGAACCAUACCUCUUAUAAAGCUCAUUGAUUGUCGGUGUUAGUCUUUUUGUGGGGAUUGUUGGUAACAGAAAGAAAACGUAGACCACCAACCUUUUGAGAUUUAAAUGAAGUGAAAUGGGAAAUCCUGUCUCUGCAAGUGUUUCAAAUCGUCAUGCAGAUUGUUGCAGGAAAUUUUUUUUCCUAUUUGGUGGAGUGUGGCGUGUUCAAAUGGCAAAUAGGUUUAGCAUUUCUUUUGCUCUUUUUUUGCCCAUGACUUUUUAAACCAGUAAAAUUACAGUCAGAAUGAUGCUCAUUUGCCAUUAAAGUUCAUAAAAAAAAAUCAUGACCAGAGAGUCAUAAGUAGUUGUUGUGACAACUCAUCAUUCUGUGACAUUUGAUUGCAGAUAAAAAGCAAGUAUGGCGCAUAGUGUAGCUCAUAUAUCCGCCAAAGCCCAAUAGUCCCCUUAAAUGAAAUCAAGCUGCACCAAAUUACACAUACUCAUAGCUAUCAGUCCCUUUAAUAUGCCAGAUUUUUUUUCAUCAAGUUCCAUCAGUUACUACCCAGGAAAUCAGUUCAAAUAUAACAAGACGUCCUAAAUCCUGAAUCCAGCACCGUUUCUUUCCGGACCCAUAGUGCAUCCCUCCACCAAGCUUUGUGGUAAUCCCUCCAGUUAGUUUUGUAGUUUUUGUUUACAGACAAACAGAUAGGAGUGAAAACAGUACUAUGGUGGAGUUUUUUAGUCUCAUCUAAGAGUUAAGUUUUACUUUAUUUUAUACCUCUCGUGUCUUAAUAUUCCUGCAUUGUCUCACCUCAGUGAAGCAGCUGCUGUGCCUUUCUGCUUCAUCAUGUCUGCAUCUGUUUCAUACCUGCCUGUCAGUUUCAAACCUUUCAGUGUACCGGCUAAAUGACACCAAAGCCUACAGUGAAUGGUAAUGUUCUUCACUGUUUCUGUGUGAAUGUGUUGACUCACCAAAACCCUCAUUAUGAUUUGUUUCAGAUGUGUAUGAGUUUAUAUUUACUAGAUACUAAUGACAAGUUCAUUAGGGACCUGUUAAGGUUGCCCUCCAGGCAAAUAAUACAAUCGUACAUCAACAUGCUUUGCAAGGUCACCACAGUUGUUCCCACUGUGAAUGUACCUGCACUGAAUGUCUCUGUGUCUUUGAAUUGAUCCAAUACUAGUGGUGUAAGUGAUCAGCUUUCCUGUGCGUGUGCACUUGUUUGUUUGGUGCAGUUUUAGUGCUUUGAGAUGCUCAGCGUUGUGGUGAAUUAGUGGCAUAACUACUUUGUAGAUCAAAAUACUAGAGACGAGAGUUUUGUUUCAUAAUUGUGAUUUAUAUCGGUGUUCACUGUGAUGGUCUCGUUCCAGAUGUCCAGGCCUACACUUAGGGGUUUACAUUUUCUCACCAACUCUUGUCUAAAAUGGAAUGUCUUGCAUUUUAAAGUAAGAAUUCUCCUUUCACUAACACUCAACAUUAGAUUCUGCCAUUUUAAAGGAAUAGUGUGUAAGAUUUAGUUGAGAGGGAUCUAUUGGCAGAAAUUGAAUAUACAAUAAUCCUAGUGAUGUUUUUACUAGUGUGUAAAAUAUUCAAUUCUAAGUAUUGUUGUUCUCUAUACCCUAGAAUGGAACCUUUAUGUUUAAAUACUUCAUAUUUACUUUGGGAGCAGGACCCGCUACAGUUGUCCAAACCUGACAAACCUUUUGAGUUUUUAUGAAAACUGAAGAUUACCACAGGUUCACUUUCAUGUUUGGCAGGGGAGGGUGAGGUGAGGAGUAUUCAGCGGGAACAUGCAACUACACCACUAGAUGUCACUAAAUUCUACACACUGAACCUUUAAAGCCCUUACAUGUAUAGCCAAUUGUUGUAGCGCAGCUGUGAUACAUUUCUCUGCUUUAACAUUAUUGGCAGAUAUCUCUAUUCAAAAGCAUCCAGCACUACAACUAAUUAAGUUGAACAAACAUUUAAUAGUUUAUGAAAAUCAAAAACUGUUUAUUUUUAACAAUACUAUUGUAGUGUUAAACUAAGAACUAAAUUCUAUAUUUCAACAAGCAAAAUAUUGGUCUAAUCUAACAUCUUAAAUGUCAGGCAGCAACAUCUUUUUUUUUCCAAAAGGAUUUAAAUGAUUACUGCCUCUUUACGAUGCUGUCCUGCUGGUGAUACCUCUGUCCUAUUAUGUUUUUCUCUCAUGUUUGACUAUUUUGUAUGCAACAGAUGUCUGCCUAAAUCCAUAAUUUAUUUCAUUUAUCUUUUCAUGAGAUUAUUUUUUGUUUUGCAAGCUUUUAAGCAAUUCAGUCAGAGCACAUUAAGAUAUUGCAUUGUGUGUUCAACUUUAUCACUGUAAACUUACACUAAGCAAAUGCUGGGCAACUGCCAAAAACUUUAACAGCUUUUAAAAAAGAAAAAAAACCUAAAAUUUACUCUUAUUUGCUCGGUCAAAGAAAGGCAUUUCUUGAAUCAAGUUUUUGGCCAAACAAAUUUUUUUCAUAAUGUGAUUUUCUUUUAAAAUGUUCAUUAAAAAGCUGAAUUAACAAAGCAUUAACAUGAUGCCAUGAUAUGUAUGACAAACACUGAACUCUAUCAAUACAUUAAAUAACCAGGCUUGUUGAAAACUGCCUAAAUGUUCACUGUCAUUUUCAUUAAAUAAAGCAGAACAAGUCAUGUAUCUGUGAAUAUGAAAAUAAUCAUCAUACUAAAUGUUACUGCCAGCUGUAAGUGCUUUAAAAUCUGGUAACUCUUUCAAUUUCCUUUACUUUGCCUCUGCCUUGAGUGACUUUAAAACAUGUAACCUCUGGCUAGCUGGUCUUUGUUAUGCAGUACAAGUUAGUCCUCAGGUAUAUGCUAAUAUACUGGUCUAGGUGGUUGAAUGCAAAAAGUAUAAUGUAGGCCCCAUAUCACAGCCAAGGGACUGUUUUCAUGAAUGUUUUCUAGUGAAGCUCUAGUGUGGAAGAGUAUUUAAUCCUCAGGGUUUAAGCAUUGUGUCAAAAUGGAUUGCUUUGAUGUUUUUGUAUUUCACAUUUUUAUCUGAUUUUAUUGUAAAUGGGCAAACUGUGCAAUUUUUUUGGCACUCUUGUUGCUACAAUAAAACCGAGAAAAUGA